CGCAGGUACGGGUAAAAAAAAGAAAUUGGCAAGUUACAGGAGGGAGGGAAGACCAAUAUGCAGGUGGUCAUGACAUCACCAGUGGCUGGCUAUAAAGUCGGGAGUACUAAUUCACAGUUAGAGUAGCACUUGGGAAGCUUGGAGUAAGGACAGACAGAGAGACAUAGAGUACCAACUGGUUACCAACCGAUAUCAUUUAGCCUGCACAGAGGAAUCCUUUACAAAACUUGUCAGAAUGAACAUCUCGCAUUUGGUGGCUUGUGGACUUAUGAUCAUUCUGCUUUCAGUGAGGACAGGGGCGAAGCCUCUGACACCGGCGCAACAGAAGUCUCUUAAAAGUUUGUUGGGGGAGGAGCUGUCGGAGUUCCUGGCAUCUGAAGAGAGAGAGCGGAGGAUGGAAAACUUGCGCUCCAGGGUACGAUUGCUGCGAGACCUGCGCAUGGAAACUCGCGCCAAGGGCAUGUGGGCGCGCUUGCUGAACGACCAGCCCAGUGCACGGAGACACAAACCUAACACCAAGAAAGGGGCCGCGGCCCGGAGUGGCUGCUUCGGACACAAAAUGGACAGGAUAGGCACUAUUAGCGGCAUGGGCUGUUAGAGAUGGCGCAUCGAGACGUAUCGCAUUCAGACGAUGGGUUCAACAACAUGGAUUCAGUUGGUCCUCGCCUGAGGUAAAUACCUAAAAAGUGAUGGAUUUUCGGUAUAAAAAGCCACCAUGACCAGCAUUUUCGAGGACUGAGACAACAAUGAUAAAACCAACCCAUAUGUAUAACAUUGGUAUAAAACCUAGAAACCGAAAAGCUGUAUAUUGUUGCUGCUGCUGUAAAUUCAUGUACUUUCAUUCCUGCAUAAAUGUAUUUAUGUUUUAAAAACUAUUUAUAUGUUUAUAAAAUAGAUAUUUAUAAAUAUUCAUUUUAUUUAUGUAACAUUUUGAAAUGGAUGCAAACUGCAGGUAAAUUCUGUUUGUAACCUUUUUUGUCUUAAAUAGUGAAUGUUUUCAAAAUGAUAAAAAAAUAAAUUCCAGGCACUAACGAGUCUCCUCCCAGUUUUUGUAUAUGGAGAAAACAUAUCGUUUCUGGUGAAAAUAAACUAUGGAAUGGGGGUGAGACUGAGGCUUUAUUCAGUGAUAGUGCGCCACUUAUGUAGG